CGCCUAGACUAGACACCAAUCAGUAAACUCACAUGCUCGCACAUGUUCGGUCGAAUAUUAUUCAAGUCCACUCUCUCGGAAAACCGCUGGAAUACAGCCAAAGAUGAUAGUAUUCACAAGUUCUAGGUUAGUGCGAUAUCGCAAGUUAGUGCUUUUGGCUUGCAAAAAUACAUGUAAAAAUGAAAAUAUUUGUUAUAUUAAGUUUGUUAGACGAAUGUCAGCAGCAAGUCAAACGCACCUAGGUACAGAAAUCGUCACGUUAUCAGAUGGGAAGCAGCUCAGUUUGUCUACAGGCAAAUAUGCACGUUUUGCUGAUGGUAGUGCAAUUGUGUCUCUGGGAGAUACUUCUGUUAUGGUCACAGCAGUUUGCAAAGACCAGCUAUCAUCCAACUCUUCAUUCCUUCCACUCAUCGUGGACUAUAGACAAAAAGCAGCUGCAGCUGCUCGCAUACCAACUAAUUUCUUACGGAGAGAACUUGGACCGACUGAACAUGAAAUUCUUACAAGCAGAGUCAUUGAUCGGUCUAUAAGGCCACUAUUCCCAGAAAAUUUCUACUUUGAUACUCAUAUAAUGUGUAACAUGCUAGCAAUUGAUAGUGCCAACGAUCCUGAUGUGAUUGCCAUUAAUGCUGCAUCUGCAGCUCUUAGCGUUUCUAAUAUCCCAUGGAAUGGCCCUGUGGGUGCAGUUAGAAUUGGAAUGAUUGAUAAUGACAUUAUAAUCUAUCCUACAAGACGACAACUUCAAAAUAGUAUAUUAAAUUUAAUUAUCACUGCAACUAAAAAUAACUUAAUAGUUAUGAUGGAAGGUUCAGCCAAUGAGAUAUUGGAUCAGGACUUGCGGAAGGCAAUAAAGCUUGGUGUAAAAGAAUGCCAAAGCAUUGUAGCUUCAAUAACAAAUUUGCAAAAGACGUGUGGCAAAACGAAAAGAAAAAUUGAAACUGACAGACAGCAGGAUGUUAGUCUGAUCAACUCUGUGAAAGAACUCUCAGAGGCAAAAUUACAAGAUAUAUUUUCAGAUUAUACGCAUGAUAAGAUAUCAAGAGAUAAUGCAGUUAAGGAUCUUAGAAAUAAUGUUAUUAAAACAUUGCAAGAUGAUAAUGCAGAUUUAGAUGUUAGAUCAGCAGAAAAUAUUUUUGGAAAAAUUAUAAAAGAUGUUUUCAGGACACUAAUUUUAGAAAAGGACGUCAGAUGCGAUGGUCGUUUAUUGAAUGGCUUACGUGACAUAUCGUGUCAAGUAAAUCUUUUUAAUCCUCUGCAUGGCUCGGCUGUGUUUCAAAGGGGACAAACUCAGGUAAUGUGUACUGUGACUUUGGAUUCUUUAGAAAGUGCACUCAAGAUGGACCCUAUUUCAAUGCUAAUUAGCGGUGUGAAGGAAAAGAAUUUUUUUCUUCAUUAUGAAUUUCCACCUUAUGCAACUAACGAAAUAGGAUCCACAGGUCGAUUGGGUCGACGAGAGAUAGGACAUGGUGCCUUAGCAGAAAAAGCUCUACGACCAGUUCUUCCAAAGGAUUAUCCUUUUACCAUAAGACUAACUAGUCAAGUUUUAGAAUCAAAUGGUUCGUCUUCAAUGGCUACUGUUUGUGGUGGGAGCUUAGCAUUGCUUGAUGCAGGCAUUCCAGUAUCUUCGCCAGUAGCAGGUGUUGCUAUGGGUCUUGUGACUAAAUAUAAUACAACGAACACGAAUAUUGAGGAGUAUAAAAUAUUGACUGACAUAUUGGGAAUUGAAGAUUAUCUUGGGGACAUGGAUUUUAAAAUAGCGGCUACCAAGCGGGGAUUUACCGCUUUGCAGGCUGAUGUAAAAAUACCAGGAGUUCCGAUAAAAAUCAUAAUGGAGUGUAUACAUCAAUCAUUUAGUGCUAAAUCGGAAAUCUUUAAAAUCAUGAAUCAAACUAUACAAACUAUACCAAAAAUGAAGAAGGAUAAGAUGCCAGUAGUUGAUAAUUUAGAAAUUUCUGUUUAUCAAAGAGGAAAAUUUCUUGGAGUCGGUGGGAUGAAUCUGAAGAAAAUAUUUCUAGAAACUGGAGUGCAUAUAUAUCCGCACGAUGAGAACACCUAUUCUAUAUUUGCGCCAAACAAAGAUGCCAUGACUCAGGCUAAGGAAAUGAUAGAAAAAAUCUUGCAAAAAGAUCGCGAACCGACCUUAGAAUUCGGUGCAAUUUAUACCGCGAAAAUAAUGGAAAUUCGGGAAACUGGAGUCAUGGUAACAUUAUAUUCUAACAUGAUGCCAGUAUUAUUGCCCAACUCACAAUUGGAUCAACGCAAGAUUCAUCAUCCCAGUGCUCUGGGACUUGAAAUUGGUCAAGAGAUACAGGUCAAAUACUUUGGACGAGAUCCAGUGUCCGGACAAAUUAGAAUAUCGCGAAAGGUGCUACAAGAACCGAUCACGAUUUCGAGAACUCUUCAUCGCGAUAAUACGGAAACAACGUGAAAAUCGUAUAUAUAUAUAUAUAGCGAAAGCUAUAUUAUAUAAACCGUCAAGUUUUGAAUCGACAUAUAACAUACACAUGUCAAUCAUUCAUGCUGUGAAAAAAUAAUAUACAUUUUCUGUAAAUUUUCCCGUCGAUAUUCUGCAAAAAGCGGAUAUCAUUUUUAUAUAUUUGUUGAUUCCAAUUGUAUAUAUCUAUUGGAUGUUACAUUUUUGUACAAUAUAUCAUUAUUGGAAAUAGAAACAAAAAUAUCGAAA